AUUUUCCAUCGAUGUAAACAGCUGCUUUAUAGCCUCACCUGAAGCGACAUUUAUCAAGUCAUGUCAAAUAGAAAACAACGUUAAAAGCGGUGUGCUAUAUGCAUGUUUGUCCGGACUUACUGUUUAUAAAAGUAUUAACAGGGACAAACAGUAAAAAUGGCUACUACAACAGACGUGGAGUACAACUUCUUAGGAAAGACAGGUGUAAAAGUAUCAAAUAUUUGCCUCGGUACAAUGACGUUUGGAAAACAAGAAGGAGGUCCAUUUAAUUUUCAUGACACACCAACUCAUUCUGACGAGAAGACUGCGCAUUCACUCUUAAACCGUUUUGUGGAUCUCGGUGGAAACUUUAUUGACACUGCCAACGUUUACACUGGUGGUUCAUCUGAAACAAUUAUUGGUAAUUGGUUGCAAAGUAAACACAGAAACAGAAAUGACGUGGUAUUGGCUACAAAAGUGCGCAACAGUACGAAAGACAAAGAACCGAACAAUCUUGGUUUAAGCAGACGACACAUUACUCAGGCUCUAGAAGGAAGUCUUCAACGACUGCAGACCGAAUACAUAGAUUUGUAUCAGGGUCACGGUUGGGAUAAUGCCACAUCUGUUGAAGAAACAUUGCGCACGUUUGAUGACCUUGUCCGCUGUGGUAAAAUUCAUUACUAUGGUUACAGCAACCUUUGUGGGUGGCAGUUGCAACAAGUUGUGAACACAUACAAAACUCUGGGGCUUCAGCCAUGUGUCACAUUACAGCAACAGUACAGUCUGUUACAUAGAGCAUCCGAGUGGGAACCAUUCAUAGUGUGCCAGAACGAAGGUAUUGCAGUUCUGUCAUGGAGUCCUCUGACAGGAGGAUUGUUGACUGGAAAAUUUAAAAGAGGAGGUGUGCCCGAUGCUAGCACAAGCAGGGUCGGAUACAUGCUGGCACAAAAAGCAUUUGGUCAAUUAGGGGCGUGGUCGCAAUUUUCCGACGAUGAUCAAUACUGGCAAAUCAUCGAUGUCCUGAAACAAAUAUCCAAUGAAAAUGACAAGACCGUAGCACAAGUGGCUCUGAAAUGGGUUCUACAAAAGGGUUGUGUAGCCUCCGUUAUCAUUGGAGCAACGUCAUUAAAACAGCUGGAAGAAAACAUGGCCGUUGGUAGUGCUCAAUGGAAACUAAGUGAUGAACAGAUGGAAGCACUGGACACAGCAAGUGCCAACAACAAACCUUACCCUUAUGACAUGUUGUUGAAUGCGAGAAAUGCUGGAAGAUAUAAUCCGUUCUAUGAAAAAUCUGUGAAGAUUCCAAAAUCUUCAAUAUAGAUUAUUGACCGCAUCUUUGAUGGUGUGUUCCGACGUUGCUUUGGUUACAGUUUGCAAAAGUGUGCGAAAUAGAAUGACUGCUUUCAUACAUAGAUAAUACGACAUUGAAGUGUAGUGCAACUAGUUAGUAACCACCUUUAUUGCAUCCACUUGAUUCGACCCUUUCCGCCAGUCUUCGGAUAAGGACUAUUAUUAUUGAUAAUAUUCGAGAUGUUCCGGCUGCCACUUGAUCCGUGCCGUCUCAUCAUGAUUUGAACUGUUCGCUGUUUAAUCAGUUCAUAAUUUUCUCCGAAAAUUUUGAUUGUAAAGGUGGACAACUUUAUUUAAAAUAAUCAGGUUGCAUACUGCUUUUAUCAUGUACGACAUAUUAUCAAUGUUUCAGAAUGCACGUAUAUGUAAAACUAUUUACUGGAUAUGAAUAUUGAUCUAUAUAAUACAAGUAUAUUGUCGGUGUUAAUAUGAUCUUUGUACCCAAUGAUAUCCUAAGUGAUAAAUGAUAAUGCGUGCUUUGUAAAUUUGAAAUUCACAUUUUCCAUCAACUUUUUCCGCUUUAUUAUUGUCGAAGUUACCAGGAAGACAUUUCACCAAACUUAUAAUAACUUCAUGUACAAUGUAGUUGUAACUCACUGGAAUCUUAUAUUAAUGCCAAAGGUAUUUAGAUUGAUAAACAUGUACACUUCCAAUAGAAAACAAAAAAAAUGUG